AUGGUGUCACUGACCCCCCCCAGGGAUGGUGAGAGCAUGGAGGAGGCUUCCUCAUGGAGGUCUCCUGCCAGCGUUGGGUUGCGGAGCAGCUGGCAGAGGGCAGAGCCCCAUUGUGCGCCUUCCAGGUGGGCUCCAGCGGGGCUCACCCUUCCCAGCACGGGCUCCCAUGGGACCCACGGGGGAGCCGGGAGGUGGUUGUGUGUACGGAGGGUGGCAGCUUCCCAUUGCGCGUCUGGCCCUGAGCUACAGCCCGUGCCCGCACAGCCCAUGUGUGCCAGCGACCCUUACAGACGGAGCAGGCAGGAUGGACAAAACCAGCCCCACCAUUGCUUCGUCCAUCAGUAACCAUUAUCACUACUGGCCACACUCCAGAUCAGGCAUUUUAUGUAUUCUAGCUGGUAAAAAAGUUUCCUUGCAGGACCCUUCUGCUUUCUCUUCUUUGGAUAGAAAACGGGUUUUUAAUGAAAGAUGGCUUUCUGUGGAAAAUCAAAUCAAGCAGAUUUUGUUGCUAAUACCAAGGUUUUUAUUGAACAAAACAAAAGCAGCAGAUAUUGAUUUGAAAAUGUAAGUUAGCUGCUGAAAGUAUUCUGAAACUUGACCAUUUCAAUGAAAGCUGAGGCAAAACCAGAGAAAAUAAACACAUAAUAGGAGAUACUUUUAAAAGCUGACAAUGCUAACAGCUUGAGGAUGUUGGCUGAGCAAAAAAUCCAGGCUUUGACCUGAGAGAGGACAAUAUUUCAAGCAACACACUGCAUUCCCUCUCUCGUUACACACGGCAACGAGCACAUUGGAUGUUUCAGAUAUUUUCCUCCUGGUAGCUACAGUCUGGGGUUGGGGACCUGUCCCACAGUGAUCAGCCCCUCCGCUCCCCCGGGAAAGCUGGAUUUUCUCCUGCUGCAGCCACACAUGGGAGAUUUUAUAAGAAAUGACAACAGAAGCAAAAAGAGAAUGUUUUAUUUUUAAUGAAGAGAGAGAGAAGACACCAGCUCCUUUUGCUCAGCGCUUAGUCUCUGUUCUCUCAAAUCACUGCAUGCCUCUGACACCAGGUUUCCCCCUCCGUGCGUGUUUAUGUUUGCAUUUAAUACCGCUGCAAAGUGCCGGUGUGGCUGCCCUGGGCUGCAACCUCCCCGGGUCGGUGGAGAAUGUUGGAAAGAGCAGCUUCUUCUGGGUUUGACCUGAACCAAAUGACAGUUUUGACCUUCCUCCAAACUACAGGACAGGGGACAAAUUUCCAGCUUAUUACCAUGUGUAAAAAUUUGUUAUGAACACCUGGGAUAGCAGCCAGGGUGUAACUGGCUCCUACCCACCACCUGCACCCCUCCCUCCUCAUCCAAACCUACCACCCCCACCUAAAUUCUCACUCCUUGGGUGGUGUCUCUUCAUUUUUUGCAGCUGAUCAGCUUUUCCUCCUCUCUUUAAAGGGCUGCGGUGAGCUAGCAGCAGUGGUAUAGCUUGUCCUGGGAAGGUGGGGGUGUUUGUGGGUUAAAUGAACUGCUGCAGGAAACAAAGCUGGUCCCCUCUGAGUUUUAGGAAAGAGCCUUGGGCUCUGGGUGUGGUGGGGUGGGCUGGUGUGAGGAUGGGGAGUGAGGGGUCUCUGUGCUCGCUGGCUGGGAGCUGCUUCCCGUGCUUCAGGACGCAGCCUCUGCUGGUAGACGUGCUCCCAGAACUCAUCAAGCACGGCCGCGAGAGGUUAGGACAAACCAUCAAGGCCUCCGGCUCCAGGCUCUGCUCGUAUGCUGAACGAGUUGCUUUUUUAAUGGAUCGUUCCCGGAGCCCGGACAAAAGCAGCCAGCCUUCAACACCAACUGACAACAUCAACCUUGGACCUUCUGCUAAUCCAAAUGCCAAGCCAACAGACUUUGACUUCCUGAAGGUUAUUGGCAAAGGAAGCUUUGGAAAAGUUCUCCUGGCCAAACGCAAGUGUGAUGGGACUUUUUAUGCUGUGAAAGUCUUGCAUAAGAAAACCAUCCUAAAGAAAAAGGAGCAAAACCACAUCAUGGCAGAGCGUAACGUGCUCCUGAAAAAUGUCAAGCAUCCCUUCCUUGUGGGACUCCAUUAUUCCUUCCAGACCUCGGAGAAGCUUUACUUUGUGCUUGACUAUGUAAAUGGAGGAGAGCUCUUCUUCCACUUGCAAAGGGAGCGUUGUUUCCGUGAGCCCCGGGCCCGAUUCUAUGCUGCAGAAGUCGCUAGUGCAAUUGGGUACCUGCAUUCUUUAAACAUCAUUUACAGGGACUUAAAACCUGAGAACAUCCUCCUGGAUUGCCAGGGACAUAUAGUAUUGACAGACUUUGGACUCUGCAAAGAAGGAAUGGAGCAAGAGGAGACAACUUCUACUUUUUGUGGCACUCCUGAGUACUUGGCUCCUGAGGUGCUAAAGAAGCAGCCGUAUGACAGGACAGUAGACUGGUGGUGCCUGGGAGCCGUCCUCUAUGAGAUGCUGUUUGGACUGCCUCCCUUUUACAGCCGAGAUGUGUCUCAGAUGUAUGACAACAUUCUUCACAAGCCACUCCAGAUCCAGGGAACCAAGACUGUGGCAGCUUGCGACAUCCUCCAGGGACUUCUCCACAAGGACCAGAAGAGGAGGCUGGGUGCCAAGACAGACUUUCUUGAGAUAAAGAACCAUGUAUUCUUCAGCCCAAUAAACUGGGACGACUUGUACCACAAGCGGAUUACUCCUCCGUUUAACCCCAAUGUGGCUGGUCCAGCUGAUCUGCGACACUUUGACCCAGAGUUCACCCAAGAAGCCAUCUCCACCUCCAUCACCCACACGCCUGACCUAGCAGCCAGCAGCUCCAGUGCCUCAGAUGCAUUUUUAGGAUUUUCUUAUGCACCAACUGAAGAGGACAUCUAGGUUUUAUAAAGGCUUUGAGAAGCCAGAUUUUAACUGAAUGUGGUUUUAUGUUUGGGUUUUUUUUUUUUUUUUUUGAAAGGAUUGGUACUGUCCCUUCCUCAUGGUUUAAGGAAAUUGGGGCUAAUACACUAACUGGUUGGGAUGGAACAGAGCUCUUAACUUUUGCUGCUUGGUGGAUUUCCCUCUAAAUGACUGUUCCCCUGGCAGGGAAAGUGGGACACUUAUUGGUUUGUUUUUUUUUCCCUCCCUGAGUGUUUUGUGCUACUGGGCAGAAUUGUAUUCACUCUGUGGUUGCAUUUAUGGUUGAGGUAUGUACCAUCAUUCACAUCAACAGCCAUGUCCCUCUAACUGGCCACUUCUUUUUCUUUUGGUGGAGCAGCUCUGUCCAACUGCUUUGUCCCCCCCAUACAAAGGGCAACUCUUCACUCUACCAGAAGCAGUGGCUUGCUUCCUUUAAAUGGACUGUGCCCGUUAAGCUGCUCAUCCCGGACUGAGCUGGGCUCAGAAACUGUUCAUCGGUUACUGUUCAGGUCUGUAAAUCCUGAAUUGUGCUGUGGACUUUGGUGCCAGCCAAGUGCCUCCCCAGUGCGAGUGGAUCAUCUCUUGCCCGGGAUUGGGAUGCUGCUUAGGCAACAAGGAGGCUGUUAUGGAGGAGCUGGUAUGUGUGUGGAGAAAUCCCAGAUAAAAUGGGUGGGGAAGAGGCUGAGCUCUGCUUGGCAAAAUAAGAAUAACCUUAUGGCCAACCCCUGCUUGGGGUGGGGGAUCCUGUCACAGCUUGUGAAAGACACACUGACACUGGUGAAAUGAGCACAAUCCAGGGGAGCGUUGGGGUGGCCCUGGCACCUUGCGUGAGGCCUCCAGCACCCCUCUGAAAACACCCGUCACUCAUGUAGAACAGUUAUUUAUUCUGCCUUAAUUUAAAUGCUGGUAUAUUCCUGGCAUGCCACUUCCCUUUUCUUGUUUGUUUUGUUCUAUUGCUGUGGGGAGCAGAAAGGGGAUGAAGAGCUUCCACCUGCCACAGGGGGCUAAAGCUGUGUGAUGAUGAUGCUCAUGCUGAACAACUUAUUUUUUUUAUCUGACUUUAUCUUGUACAUGCUGAAGUUGUCAGAAACAUGACACAGUUUAUAUUAAAGAGCAUACACAGA